UUACGAACUCCAGAAAUGGCCCCUAAAAGAGAACCGUCUAUUAAGAAGUCUCCAUCGCCUGUGGCCCAGCAGCCCAGACUAGGGCCUCCUUUCCCUUGCCUCCCCUCAGCUAACCCUGCCCAGCCAAGGUCAGCUCCAGAGCAGAAACCCAGGAUGCUGCGACCCUCUGAUUCUCCAUUUGACCCCAGCACCAUGGAGAUUGAGUUUAACCUGGAUCAAAUACAUGAGUUUAAGGAGGCCUUCCUCCUCUUCGACAGAACCGGUGAUGGGAAGAUCAGUUACAGUCAGUGUGGUGACGUCAUGCGGGCAUUGGGACAGAACCCCGUCAAUGCAGAGGUCCUUAAGGUACUGGGCAACCCCAAGGCUGAGGAGAUGAACCACAAAAUGCUUGACUUUGAGCAGUUCCUGCCCAUGCUGCAGGCCAUCGCUAAAAAUAAGGACCAGGGCUCCUUUGAGGAUUUCGUUGAGGGGCUGCGUGUCUUUGAUAAGGAGGGCAACGGAACCGUAAUGGGGGCAGAGCUACGUCACGUCCUCACCACACUAGGGGAGAAGAUGACAGAGGAGGAGGUAGAGACACUUCUUGCCGGACACGAGGACGCUAAUGGCUGUAUUAACUAUGAAGAACUCGUCCGGAUGGUGAUGAGCGGUUGAAGAUCAAGAAGAACAUUCCUUCCUAUUCUUAGUUUUUUUUGUUUUUACCUUGUUUAUUUCUAUGACAUAUUUCCCCUCCUUUUUGCAACUCGUUUCCAGUCCUUUCCUUCCUGCCCGUUUCCUGUAUUAUCCUAUUAUAUCUUCACGUCUUUUAUUUUCAAAAGUGCCUUUACAUUCCCAAGUUAAGACCAUUAGUGACCCAAGUUAUUUUAAUGCAUCAGCCUGGCCCUUUGGUCCAUUGAAUUAAGCAUGAGACCAACUUGCAUGUAAUUAGAAGCUUGUGUGCUGCUGGCGUGACCUGCAAUAACAUUUCAAGAUAGAUUACUUCAUACCAACCUAGCCUGAGUCCAAAAUCUGUUUGUGCUGUCUUGGGACCAGGCUACUUAAUACCUAUCGUUGGACAAUAAUUAUUGUUGAUGCAAUACAUCCACAGGCUUGUCUGUGUCAGUGGGGAGGGAUAGUGUUGUGGUGGGUGACCAAUGACCUAUUAUUGGCUAAGACUUAGCCUGGGUCCAAUACCUGUUUGUGCUGUCUUGCCAGUUGCCAACUGUGUCAAUGGUAUGACAAUGACAGCAAUGGAGUUGUCAAGACAGCACAAAAAGAUCUGAGACCAGGCUAGUGAAGACUUGCUUUGGCUGGGAAUGUCUCCCUUCCUAUUGCUGCCAGCGCUAUGCAGUUAGUUAACCAAUAUGUAUAAGAAGCCAUACAAUCAUGACAACAUAGACAUCCAUGAGCGGUUCAGUGGAUUUGUUUUUUUCUGUUCCUUAAUUUGUUGCAGCAUUCAAAUAAAUGAUUUUCUGAAAACA